GCCGGGUGCACUGGGCCGGAGCUGCCCCGCCAGGGUUGGGUCGUGGCUGCCAGGGCGCGUCGCCAGGAGGCCUCGCAGGCCGCCCUUCCGGUCUCCCGGGGUUGGGCGGCGCUGUCCGGCUCUUCCUGCCGCGCUCUGGCCACUCCCCCUCUCCCCUCGCUCGGCCUGGCCUUGGCGGCGGUGCUCUGCAGGCAGUGCCUCCCUCGGGCGUGGGUCUGCAGGAGAGCCGGACGGGGCAGCGGCCGGCACUACCACGCCGCGAUUUGCGCAGAGCUGAAGAAACCCCUGACCAUUGAAGAGGUGGCCCCCGCCCCGUCGGGCCUCACGAGAGAUGAGAACCUCAGACGGCGUGAAGCAGGCAGUGGGCCUCAGUGUUGGAGACCGCCAGGGAGAGGAAGAAAGGCAGCUAUAGCCCUGAAGUGUUACCAGCGUGGAGCCUGUUAACUAACAUGGCUAACACGGAUUAUUUGAAUGAGCACAUGAUGGCAGCCAAUCUACUUCCUGGGAUUCACAUGCCGAACGACAUUCACCCUCAAAUCUUCCUUAAAUCUAGGUGGAGUGGCUGGAGAACACAUGUGUGCCCUGUGUGUGCUUGUCAAUAACUGAUGUGUCCUGCACGGAAUGUGUCCAGGCUGAGGGCUGGGCUCCUUUGUUCUGUUAUCUGUCCUAGACAUUGCAUUGUAAGGAAUUAGCCCAUGAGAACUGUGACUAUGUUUGUUUUACUCACUUCUAAAUCCCUUAAGUCUAAAAUGGUUCCUGGCAUGUGGCAGAGGCUUAAAAAAUUGUUGAAUGAAUGAAUUUUAUAGAUAAAAAUGUCUUCUCAUCAAUAUGGCCACCUCUGUACAAACAAAUCAAUAUCAUCCCUUUGGUGUCUCAGCUUUCAUUUCUUCCAGUAAUUCCAGCCCCUGUUGGGAUGUGUUGGUUUAUGACAGUGGUUGUCUAGCACAGCGGUCCGCAACCUUUUUGGCACCAGGGACCAGUUCUGUGGAAGACAGUUUUUCCAUGGACUGUUGGGGUUGGAGAGGAUGGUUUUGGAAUGAAACUGUUCCACCUCAGAUCCUCAGGUAUUAGAUUCUCAUAAGGAGUGCACAACCUAGAUCCCUUGCCUGUGUAGUUCACAAUAGGGUUUGCACUUCUGUGAGAAUCUGAUGCCGCCAGUGAUCUGACAGGAGGCAGAGCUGGGCAGUAUGCUUGCUUUGUCUGCUCACCUCUUGCUGUGCAGCUGGAUUCCUGACAGCCUACCGGUCUGUGGCCCCGUGAUUGGGAACCCCUGGUCUUGGGGCUUGUUAAAACAGAAUGCUAGGUUUUGUCUUCAGAGUUUCUGAUUUAGUAGGUCUGGGAUGGGGCUUGAUAAUUUGAAUUUCUUUUUUUUUUUUUUUUGAGAUAGGGUCUCACUCUGUCACUCAGGGUGGAGUGCAGUGGCAUGAUCAUGGCUCACUGCAACCUUGACCUCCCAGGCUCAAGCAGUUCUCCCACCCCAGUCUCCCAAGUAGCUGAGACCACAGGCACAUGCCACCAUUCCUGGCUAAUUUUUUAAUUUUUAUUUUUAUGGAGAUGGUUGCCCAGGCUAGUCUCGAACUCCUGGGCUCAAGUGAUUCUCCUGCUUUGGCCUCCUGAAGUGCUGGGAUUACAGGCAUGAGCCAUUGUGCCUGGCCUGUGCCAGGUGAUACUGAUGCUGGUGGUCUGGGGCCACAUUUUGAGAACCGUGGGCUUACAAGGCCUGGAGAAACUGCUGGCUACACUGCUGUAGGUCUGCCUCAGCUAUGGCACUAUCACAAAACAUAGAGGCUGGGGAUCUGGGACUAGGGUAAAGGAUUGCAGAUUCCCCAAACAGCUGAUCAUCUUACCCUUCUGUUUAAAACUCAUUAAUGACUUCCCAUUGUUCCUAGUAUGAAAAUUAAGAUCCUCAGUAAGGAGGCCAGAUGCGGUGGCUCAUGCCUGUAAUCCCAGCACUUUGGGAGGCUGAGGCAGGCGGAUCACAAGGUCAGGAGUUCGAGACCAGCCUGGCUAAUAUGGUGAAACCCCGUCUCUACUAAAAAUACAAAGAAAAUUAGCUGGGUUUGGUGGUGCAUGCCUGUAAUCCCAGCUAUUUUGGGAGGCUGAGGCAGGAGAAUUGCCUGAACCAGGGAGGCAGAGGUUGCAGUGAGCCGAGAUCAUGCCACUGCACUCCAUCCUGGGCAACAGGGCAAGAGUCCAUCUCAAAAAAAAAAAAAAAAAAAAAAAAUCCUCAGUAAGGCUUCAAAGUCUCUUGUGUCACCACUGUAGUGUCUUUGUACAUGCCGUUGCUUUUGUCUGUGCCAAGCCUUUUGCCUCCUAUUUUGAAGAGUUAACUCUUAGUUGUUAGUUCAAAGUGUUGCUCACUUAGGAACGCUUUUCCUGACUUCCCUAAGUGGUCAAAUCCUUCCAUUAUGUGCUUUCAUAGCACCAUAUAUUUUUGUCAUUAAUGCUUGGUACUGGAGUUAUAACUUAAUAUAUGUAUCUUCAUUAUUAUCUGGUUAAUAUCUGUUUUCCCUCCUAUACUUUAGCUUCAUGAAGGCAGAGACCUUGCCCAUGAGUGUGUGCCGGCUCUUACUUUAGUACCUGGCAUGUCGUUGUCAUUCGGUAACUAUUUUGGUAUGAUUGAAUGAACAUUGUCUCCAUGGAUGUGUACUGUUCUGCUUUGCUGCUCUAUUUCUUUUGUAGGUCAGAGUUGAUGUCCAUUUCUGUGGAGUUAACUUUGGUGAUAUUGUGAUCUGCCGUGGUCAAUAUCAGGAAAGGCCCCAUCUUCCCUUCACACCUGGAAUGGAGUUUUCUGGGACAGUAUUGGAGACAGGCACAGAUGCCAGCACAGUUAAAGAGGGAGAUAGAGUUAUUGGCAUAAGAAACUUUAAUUGUAUGGCUGAAGAAUGCGUCACUGACCAGAAGGACCUAUGGCAGAUUCCAGAAAAGGUCUUCCUAUAAGAAGCUGCUGUCCUCCCUGUAACUUAUGGCACUGCGAUUUUUGCUGUUGAGCAUCGGGCCCAUACCCAGCCUGGAGAAGUUGUUUUAGUGACGGCAGCAGCUGGAGCCACAGGCCUUGCAGUGAUGUGGCAGCAAGUGUUCUUCAGGCCAAGCCUGGCAUGGGAGGGCAGGAUUGUGAUGGUGGGAUUUGCUGGAGGAAACAUUGCUUCUGUACCAGCCAACCUUCUGCUCCUGAAGAAUAUCUCUGCUGUGGGCCUGUACUGUGGUCAAUACAAAGAAAUGAACUUUCCCGUCUUCUCCAAGAGCCUGUCUUCAGUGCUUCAGUACUGCCAGCAAGGGUGCAUCCAGCCAUAUGUCGGAAUGGUUUUCAAGCUGGAUGAGGAAGAUAAAAUAACUACACAACUUACUCAAAACCCAAGACAAAUUCAGAGAGUCAAGGAUGGAACUUUGGGCUCCCCAGAGGCUGCCCCAGACACGAGGGAAGGCCACAGCACCCUCAAAGGAUCCAGACCGAGGGUUUUGGAGAGAUGGACAUCUUUGGCCUGUCCCUCACUCUCAGCACAGUGGAGAGAGAUUUCACCAAUGGCAAGACAACCGCGGGAGCCCCCGGCCACAGCAGGAGCCCAGGGCAGACCAUCAACAGCUCUAUUACACAUCCAGGCCUGGGGACUGGCAUCAGCCUGUGUCUGGAGUUGACUAUUACGAAGGUGGUUAUCCCAAUCAGUUGUAUUCAAGGCCAGGUUUUGAGAAUUCAUAUCAGACCUAUCAGUCUCCCACAAUGAGGGAGGAGUAUGCUUAUGGAAGUUAUUACUAUCACGGACACCCACAGUGGCUGCAGGAAGAAAGAGUGCCAAGGCAAAGGAGUCCUUAUAUCUGGCAUGAAGAUUACCGAGAGCAAAAGUACCUUGAUGAACAUCAUUAUGAAAACCAGCACAGUCCGUUUGGAACAAAUAGUGAGACCCACUUCCAAUCUAACAGUAGGAACCCUUGUAAAGACAGUCCUGCUUCUAACUCUGGACAGGAGUGGCCCGGGGAGCUGUUUCCAGGGAGCCUGCUUGCUGAGGCCCAGAAAAAUAAGCCAUCAUUGGCUAGUGAGUCCAACCUUCUCCAGCAGCAUGAGUCUGGUCUCAGCUCCAGCAGCUAUGAGCUCAGUCAGUACAUCACAGAUGCCCCCGAGUGGAAUGAUCCCCCGGCUUCAGCAGCUUGGAGUCCAUUUCAGGCUGAGGAUGUCUCCUCAGCUGGUCCCAAAGCACCCAUGAAGUUCUACAUCCCUCAUGUUCCUGUGAGUUUCGGGCCAGGAGGUCAGCUGGUGCGUGUAGGUCCCAGCUCUCCCACUGACGGGCAAGCAGCCCUUGUUGAACUGCACAGCAUGGAGGUUAUUCUUAAUGAUUCUGAAGAGCAAGAGGAGAUGAGAAGUUUCUCAGGACCCUUGAUUAGGGAAGAUGUACAUAAGGUGGAUAUUAUGACGUUUUGCCAGCAGAAAGCAGCUCAGAGCUGCAAAUCUGAGACACUGGGGAGCAGAGACUCGGCUCUACUGUGGCAGCUCUUGGUUCUCCUUUGUCGCCAGAAUGGGUCCAUGGUGGGGUCUGACAUUGCUGAGCUGCUCAUGCAAGACUGCAAGAAGCUGGAGAAGUACCAGCGGCAGCCCCCUGUGGCCAACCUCAUCAGCCUGACCGAUGAGGACUGGCCAGUGCUGAGCUGUGGGACCCCGAACCUGCUCACGGGAGAGAUCCCCCCCAGUGUGGAGACACCUGCGCAGAUCGUGGAGAAAUUCACUAGACUGCUCUACUAUGGAAGGAAGAAGGAAGCCUUGGAGUGGGCCAUGAAGAACCACUUGUGGGGCCAUGCUUUGUUCCUGUCCAGCAAGAUGGACCCACGGACCUACAGCUGGGUCAUGAGUGGCUUCACCAGCACGCUGGCGCUCAAUGACCCACUGCAGACCCUCUUCCAGCUCAUGUCGGGGAGGAUUCCACAGGCAGCCACGUGUUGUGGAGAAAAGCAGUGGGGAGACUGGAGGCCUCACUUGGCUGUGAUUCUGUCGAAUCAGGCUGGGGACCCAGAGCUGUAUCAGCGUGCGAUUGUUGCCAUCGGGGACACCCUGGCUGGGAAGGGGCUUGUGGAGGCAGCCCACUUCUGCUACCUCAUGGCUCACGUGCCCUUUGGCCACUACACCGUGAAGACAGACCAUCUGGUCUUGCUGGGCAGCAGCCACAGUCAAGAGUUUUUGAAAUUUGCAACAACUGAGGCAAUCCAGAGGACGGAAAUCUUCGAGUACUGUCAGAUGCUGGGCCGCCCCAAAUCCUUCAUCCCUUCUUUCCAGGUGUAUAAGCUCCUUUAUGCUUCCCGUCUGGCAGAUUACGGCCUCGUGUCCCAGGCCUUGCAUUACUGCGAAGCCAUUGGUGCAGCUAUCUUGAGCCAGGGAGAGAGCAGUCACCCUGUGCUAUUAGUGGAACUCAUCAAGCUAGCAGAGAAACUGAAGCUGUCAGAUCCUCUGGUUUUAGAAAGCCGCAGUGGAGACAGGGACCUGGAGCCAGAUUGGCUAGUGCAACUUCGGAGGCAGCUGGAGCAAAAGGUAGCAGGAGACAUCGGGGAUCCUCAUCCUACUCGCUCAGAUGUUUCGGGAGCCAGAGGAACAACAACAGAAAACACUUUCUACCAGGACUUUUCUGGAUGUCAAGGCUACUCUGAAGCCCCUGGGUACCACUCAGCUCUGUGGCUGACACCUGAGCAGACCUCCCUGCUCCAGCCUAGCCCACAGCAGCCCUUCCCCCUCCAGCCGGGCUCCUACCCAGCAGGAGGGGGUGCAGGGCAGACAGGGACACCGAGGCCUUUUUACUCAGUUCCUGACACCCACCUACCAGGGACUGGCAGCAGCGUGGCAGUGACAGAGGCCCCUGGAGGAACAGUCUGGGAGGAAACGCUGCAGACACACCUGGGCCCUGGAGAGAACAUAGUGUCUCAAGAAACCUCCCAGCCUCCUGAUGGCCAAGAGGUCCUUUCCAAACCACAGACACCACUGGCUGCUAGAGCACGAAGUAUUUCUGAGAGUUCCACCAAUUCAGCCAAGGAGGAUGAGAAGGAGUCCUCUGACGAGGCUGAUAAAAACUCUCCCCGAAAUACUGCCCAGAGAGGCAAGCUCGGAGAUGGGAAGGAACAUACAAAGAGCUCCGGGUUUGGCUGGUUCAGCUGGUUUCGAUCGAAGCCCACCAAGAAUGCAUCCCCCUCUGGAGACGAGGACUCCUCAGACAGCCCUGACUCUGAGCAGGAGACCCCCAGAGCAUCUUCUCCCCACCAGGCUGGCCUGGGCCUCUCACUGACAUCUUCCCCUGAGUCCCCACCUCUGCUGGCUGUUAGCGCCUUCUCCAGGGGCACAGGUGGGGGUGAAGGCCAAGGAUCUGCAUCCAGCUGGGGAGCAGCUGCGGGUGCUGGGGUUGGAGGCUUGUCUGGACCUGAGAGUGUUUCCUUUGAGCUCUGCUCCAACCCUGGUGUUCUUCUUCCUCCACCUGCCUUAAAAGGGGCUGUUCCUCUUUACAACCCAUCUCAGGUGCCUCAGCUGCCCACGGCCACUAGCCUGAAUCGGCCAAAUCGCCUAGCUCAGCGUCGCUAUCCCACCCAGCCAUGCUGAGAAUAAACACACGUCCCAGGCUCAUCUCCCAGGACUGCAACUUUUCUUGCUCUCCUUUUCUCAAUCUCCCAGCCCCUCUUACCAUAUUGGGACCCUCAAGAGGUUUGUGCUAGCCCGAUGCGUCCACUGGGCACUUAGAAGGCAAGAGGACAGGAUCUCUCAAGACAGCACAAUUCAGUCUCUUAAGAUUAGCUUCAGAAUGAUGGAAAUUAUUUCAUCAGGUGGAAAGUCUGGGUCUAAUAGCAGACUGCACAUGAGCAGAGUGACAUGGUGGUGGCACUUAUGGUGGUGGCUUGAGAGCCUUGGGGAAAUUAGGGCCCUAACAGCUAGAAUCAAAGAUGAUACUGCAGGGCCCUGCAGCAGGAAAUGGGAAGCAGGGGGAGGGGCAGGGGCUCAGAACAGUAUUCUAGACCAACUUUGACUUCUUCCUGUCUUAGUAAUAGACCAAUACGUGGCUCUACUUAGCAAAGUUUUUAUACUGAAACUUGAUUAUUGCUGCCCUUUAUAAUUUCCUCUUCAAUGAUAUUUCAGCAGUUUCCCUCUUGGUCCUAGUUCUGUGCACAUUUUUUUGAAUGUGGUUCAGAUUAAUUAUAUUUCUCUCACUUUCUUAGCUGGUCCUAUUUUUUCACAUUCUGGCAUGUGGCUAUCAAGUUAGAUUGCUGUAGGCAUCAUAUUGUCAUGGUAACUACUGAACCUAAUGAUGCAGAUGGAUGGCACAUCAGUAUAAUAAGUGAUGGAAAACGGUACCUAAAAAUUCAUCCCUUUCAUAAGAGGGGAAGAAUGAGUGCCUGAUAUUGUUAAUACCUCCCUUUCUACCUCAGGCCUUUGCAAAUUGAUGUUCAGAGGGUCACUGGAGUGAGAGGGAGGAGGGGGGCGUCUUGGAAAUUUCCAUUUCUCUUUUCAAACCCGAAAUAGGAAUGACUCUUGCUGUUUGUCAGAUUUGCUGAAAAUUGCUCCUCACAAAGAACAUUUUUUUGUACAUGUAAUCGUAAAUACAGGUUUAAUACGUUAAUGUUCUAUAGUUCCGAUGUUGAUAAUAAUUAAACCCAGAUAAUUUUAUAGCAAA